UUGUAAGUGCUCCAGUCUCAUGUAUCACAGAAGUGGAGUGCGGUAUUGAAAAACGCCUAGCCCUUGUGGUUGAUUGUGCAAGGCUGUGUCGGGCGCGAGGUGAAAAUAGUUUUACGGUUCCAUACGUAAAUACGCGGGGAGGGCCACCUUCCGUGUUUGCCGUGGGGUUUGGGAAUGGGCACGUGCUCAUUGUGUGUGUGACAGUGGAGGGGGCUUGGAUAAGCAAACACUUUUCAUCCUUUGGAAAUCGACUCGUGCAAGCGAUAUCGAUGCGGGUGCCACACUUCUUGACGCGGUUAUGGCCGAAGGAUGCCGAGGCAUCUUUUGCCUCACACGAGACACGGCAGAGGAAGGGUUUUUUUCCCGCAAUGACGGUGUGUGUCUCUGCGGAGAGUCUUGUUGUGGAUGGAGAGAGUAGUCUUGUGGCGGUCUCCUGUGACGGGGGAACAAUACGCCUUGUCAAGGCAUCCGAAAUGGAGGUUGAGCUGUGCCACGUGACCGCACUUGAAAAUCACUCUGUCGGUGACUUUUUGGCUGUGCAAUGGGUUCCCAGCCACGCCGACGCCACUCUCUAUCCGGACCUUCUUGUGGUCACAAACGAGGAUGAUUCCAUCACGGUGUGCCAGGUGGCAUACCUUAGCGACGGGAGGAAAAACGGUGAUUGCACCGCUGUCAGGGAUCAGAAUACGUCCUUAGCGGAGAACUCGGAAUUACUUUUUUCUCCCCCUUCCGUGUCGUACCCCGCAUACUCUCAGGCUGUAAGGGAGGGAUUCGUACAUGUGACGCGACGACUUUUUCAUCGCUCGUGGGUAGGCGACCUUUGCGCUCUACCAAUUCCUUCUAGAGGUCAUCUAUUGGUUGCCACAUCAUACGAUAGUCGAAGUUCCUUUUGGCCUCUCUGCUUUUCAGAUACAUCCCUUUCUGUAGAUGCCCGUAAUAACCCCCUAGAGGCUUGUUCACUUGAAUCAUUUCUUCAGGAAUGCUUUUCUGGGUGCCUUAUCCACGACAAAAAUGCUGCGUCUUUCGAAUCGCAGUGGGCAGACAACGCCAUCCCAGUAGAACCAGCUUUUGCUGUGGCGCUGCACGCGGACCCAACAGUUCGCUGUGCCGCUUGUGGGGCCGGGAGGAGUUACUUUUUUGUUUCUUUGUGCCUCCGUGGACGAGUGAAGUUCUGGGAGGUGAGACCCGUUGUGGAUUAA